AUGAAAACCGCUAAUAAAAUUUUGGUUGAUCUGUCUAUCGCUGCAGUUCAAUUAAACCCACAGAUCGGCAAGGUAAAUGAAACAAUAACUAGGGCUAAAAUGCUCUUGAAUCAAUUCAAGACUAAAUUAGAAAAAAGGGAAGGAAAUAAGAAUGUGGACAUGAUUGUGUUUCCAGAAUUCGCUCUUACAGGUUACAAUUUUUUAUCAAGAGAUCAUAUACUUCCUUAUACACACACUACCAAGGAGAGUCCGUCAUUUAAAUUUGCCCAGAAUGUUUCGAAAAUGUUCAACUGUUAUACAGUUAUAGGCUACCCAGAAAGUGAAACUGAAUCGAAAAAGGUCUUAUAUAAUUCAGCCGCGGUAGUCUCACCACAAGGUGAAUUGAUUUUCAAUUAUAGAAAAUCAUUCUUAUAUUUUACAGAAGAUAAUUGGGGCUGUUCAGAGAAUCCUAAACAAUUCCAAAAUUUCCCUCUUACUUUUAAGAAAAAGGGUAAAAAAUUGAAAGAUAUGAGUGGUGAUGCCAUCGAUGUUACUUUAAAUACAUCUAUUGGAAUAUGUAUGGACCUGAGUCCGUACAAGUUUGAAGCACCAUUUAACGAUUGUGAAUUUGCCUCAUUUAAUCUAGAUAGAAAAGUAGAACUCAUUAUUUGUCCCAUGGCCUGGUUGCACAGCUCAUCAAUAACUAAACAAGAUUACGAAUUGAAUGAACGUUCCAAUCAAGAUAUACCCAAAAAAUUAAACGAUAUUGAGGAAAAUUUAAAAUCACAGGGAUUAUCCAUAAUAGGUUCUCAGUCAGACUUCCAAUUAGAUUUAGAUAAUAAUAACAAGACUGAUCCUGUUGCUAGUGGGUCGCUGGAUGUUGAUCAUACGUACAAUAAAUUAUCAAAGCCAGACAUGUCAAACGUAAAUUAUUGGUUAUUAAGGUUUCUACCAUUCUUGCAAUUAAAUGUGAGAAAAUAUUGGGCUUCAAGAGGAAGUAUGUCUGAUAUAUUUGAAGAUUUAGGUAGACCAUCUUAUAUGGGAGUCUCAAAGAAUACAUAUUGGGCAUUUUCUAAUAGGAACUCAAUUAUGAUCAACGCUAAUAGGUGUGGUGUUGAAAGUGGGGAUACUCUCUUUGCAGGUAGUUCUGGUAUAUAUAAAUUUAAUGGAAGAGACGAUUUUAACAUGGCAGAAUUGGCAAAAGAUGAUAAUAAGAGGUUAGAUUCUACAAAUCCAAGUGUCGAACUAUAUGGGAAUUUAGGGAAAGGGAAAGAAGGUAUAAUUAUGAGAGAUGUCCAAUUUGAAAUUGAGAGGUAG